CUCCGACGUUGCUCAAAGAACCCUAAGUCAUUAACCACUCUUCCAAAACCCAUUUCAUUGGGGGAUGACAGCAGUUUCAGUAUUAGGUACGGGUCACUACAGUUCUCCACUAUGCGAUUCUGCUUAUUGGGGGCAGAGUCUCCUGACUCUUAUCGUCUGGCUCAGGGGGAGUUGACAGCAGCAUGCAACAAGUUGGAGAUGCAAAAGAAAACCCCCGCCGAGAGAGAAAGGAUUGUCAUACCCGACAAGUUCAAAGGUGUAUUGAAUCCUAAACAAGUGAGGUUUAAGGGCUGUAGGAAAGGAAAAGGGAAAAAACAGCUUAAGAAAAAAAGAAGAAAGUGUGGAAACUGCGGGCUAAGGGAUGGACAUUAUAGGAGCACUUGUACUAACCCCCCAGCCGACGUGAUAGAAUCUCAGUCAGAUGAGGAGGAUGAGGAUGAAGAUGAUGACAUGGACGAUGAUGGGGACGAUGAUAGAGAUGAUGCAGAAGAUGGAGACGAUGAUGAAGAAGAUGAUGACCAAGGUGGUCAACCCCCAAAGAACCAGCGAACCAGUAGGCAUAAUACAACUGUAGAAUCCGUAGGAAAAAGUCAGCCACCACAGAAGAUCGGGGCACGUACUAGGAGUAAUACUAUGCCUAGUCGACAAGAGAAGGGAGCUAAGCAGCAUACGAGACAUAGUGUUGAACCUUCCACUAAGUAUUCAGAAAGUCAAACUCAAAAAGCUCAACAGAAGAGGGGACAUGGCAAGAAGUUGAACAACACAGACAGGGCAAGAAGUUGAACAUCAUCCAGAGCAAGGAGUUGAAAAGCACUCAGUUUUUGUUAUUUGUUCAUUGAAAUUGAUGGGACAGAAUCUUUUAGCUUGGUUGAUUUACAACAAGUGCAGCCUUUGACGGUUUAUUUUUUGGUUUGACGAACAUAGAGAGUU